AUGGGUACAAGACAAGAAAUGAAAGAAAAGGGUCAAGUUAUUUUGAAGAAGUUGGAAGAUAAUUGCUUGUUGGAAAAUGUCUCGAGUGAAGAAAUGAAAAUGCAUGAUGCAGUGAGAGACAUGGCAUUGUCGAUCACAAGAAUGAAUCCUCGGUAUAUGAUACAAGCAGGUCUGCAAUUAGGAGAGUUACCAGAAAAUGAGCAAUGGAGUCUGGAUAUUGAGAAAGUGUCACUUAUGCAUAACUCCAUAUCAGAAGUUUCCAUAGAUGUGCUGCCCACAAAAUGCCAACUGCUCACAACCUUGUUAUUGCAGCAUAACCCUAUAAAGAAGAUCCCAUAUUCUUUUUUCAUAAACAUGCCCUGUCUUUGUGUCCUAAAUUUGUCCUUUACAAAGAUCGAGAGUUUACCAAAUUCCAUUUCUGAACUAAAGAACCUCACAACAUUGUUGCUUCGUGGCUGUGAAGAAUUAAGAGGUCUGCCAUGUCUUUCGAUGCUUCAAGAAUUGAAGAAGUUGGAUCUUUAUGGGACUGAAAUUGAGGAAGUCCCUGAAGGAAUGGAUAUGCUGAUAAAGCUAAGAUAUCUUGAUCUUCAAGUGUUCACUCUGAAUGAGAUACCUGCUGGACUUUUACCAAAACUCGUUCACCUUCAGCACUUGAGUUUUGCUGUGGACAAUGAAGAAACAAGUCUAAAAGUAGAGGAGAUGGAACCAUUGAAGAAGUUGGAGUGCUUAACCGGACAUUUCGAAGACAUCAGUGAAUUCAAUAAGUUCAUCUCCUCAAUGCAGCAAAGUAAGAAAAAUCUCAUCAAGUACUAUUUACAGGUGGGCUCAUGUUUUAAGCCUGCUCAAAUUCAUCCUAUAACAGAUAAAACGGUAACAAUUGGAGGAGUCCAGAGUUGGGAAGGUGAGUUAAUUAUGCACCCAGUUGAAAUUCAAGAGUUGAAUAUUGUAGAGUGCGACUAUUUGAGAAACUUAGUGGAUGAUAAUUCUUUCUUCAAAAAUGCGAUUGACUUGAGGGUUUGUAGGAUUUUGUGGUGUGAAGGGAUAGAGUGUCUUGUUCCCCUGUCCUCUUCUUCCUGUUCUUCCGCUCAUCCAUUUCAGAGCCUCGAGGUGUUACAUCUUAGAGAUCUGCCAAAGUUGAGUGCCCUUCUUAUGAAAGAUGCAGGAAUUGGUUCAGCAACAACAUCAACAUCGGCUCCGUCAGCCACCUUUUCCCAUCUUAAGCGAAUUGAAGUAUGCAGAUGCUCAAGUAUGAAGACGUUGCUUCCACAUUGGUUGCUUCCAAACCUCCAAAACCUGGAAGAAAUUUGGGUGGCAGAAUGUUAUGAGAUAGUAGAAAUAUUGGGAGCAGAAACAUCAGAAGUUGAAGAAAAAGGGAGUGAUGCAUUAAUCAAAUUCCAUCUUCCCAAAUUGAGAGAGUUGGAAUUGUGGAGUUUACCAAAUUUGAAGAGCAUUUGCAGCAAAAGUGGAGUGAUGGUUUGCGAUUCUCUCCAAUUUAUCCAAGUUGCUGGAGACUGUUAUAAAUUGAAGAGAAUUCCACCAUUUGUUCCCCUUGUUGGCAAUGGGCAGCCAUAUGCAUAUGCUCCACCUUCUCUUACCAUCGACUCAAACACGAGAUGGUGGGAAUCGUUGGAGUGGGAUGACCAUCCAAACUUUAAAAAUAUUCUUCGCUCCAACCCUGAGGAGGAUAAGAGGUAUGAUCCAUUUAUGGUAUAG